CUGAAGAGGCGAGCUGAGUCAGCUGGUCGGAGCUUCUCCAAACAUUCGGGAACAGCAUCCUCUCUGAGCAGAUCAUGUGUGGAGCUCCUGAAGCAUCUGGGUGUUCCCGUCAUCUGGGCUCCAGGGGACGCUGAGGCCCUGUGUGCCCAGCUGGUGCGAGACGGGACUGCCGAUGCGGUGGCGUCAGAGGACAUGGACACGCUGCCCUUUGGAGCUAAUGUUCUCAUUCGUCAGCUGAAUGCUAAAAGAGACAGUGAAGUUGUUGAGUACUCCUUACCGAAGCUGUUGGACAAACUUCAGAUUAGUUAUGAGGAGCUUGUUGAUCUCUGUAUUCUGCUGGGCUGUGACUACUGUGACAAGAUACCUGGUCUGGGUCCUAAGAAAGCUCUGGGCCUGAUCCAGAAGCACCAUAGUAUUGAGACUGUGGUAUUGAACAUCAAUAGACAGACUUACCCUGUGCCACAGUUCUGGAAAUACAAAGAGGCAAGGAAGAUUUUCUUGGAGGCACCACAAACCAGAGUUCCUGAGCUCAUCUGGACUGAACCAGAUGAAGAAGCUUUGGUCGGGUUCCUCUGUCCCACCAAGCACAUUAGYGAGGAGAGGGUUCGUCGUCGGAUGAAGACGUUUCGUGACAGUCGAGAAAAUCGGCGAGAGGAGAGGGAAAAGGAGAGGGCAGCAGGAAGUCAGAGGCAGACUCGAAUGGAGAACUUCUUCAAAGUUACCAGAAAGAGAAAAGAGGCUUUGGAAGUUGCAUCUUCAGCAGGUGACACGACAAAGAAACCAAGAUGAAAACAGGACAGUUAUUGUUGUCGUCAUCUCCAAAUGAUUGUUAUGUUUUUAAAUGUUUUCUCUGCCAAGAUUUUGCUAACCUAAUAAUGCAUCUGUUGACAUUUGUGAAAUUAGUGAUUUGACUCUGAGUGUUCAUGACAGUGCAGUCACCGAAGCAGUUCCUCGUGCAUCAUGCAGUUUCCUGCAGAGCCUCUGACACGAGCGUCAGGAGAUGUACGGCAAUGAAAGAGAACAGUGUAGUCACUGUUGAGGAGGCCUUUCCUAAAGCCAAAACUAAACACAAGUGAUGUCUUUUCACCAGAUAUUCAAUUAGACACCUGUUAUAUAAGAGGAGCCAAGAAAGAAACCAAGGACUUGAAUUUUAAAACAUUUAUUUAAGCUGUAAAAUGUAUUCAGAAGGACCGUAAGAUGACUUCGUCUACACUUUGAAAACAUUGGUUUGCAAAACUGYCAAAGUAAUAUUUCCAUUUUUAUGUUGUUAAUUUUGUAUCAUGUAUUUAUUUAACUUUUGAAUCACAACAAUCAUUUGUAUUUGGUUGUUAUGCUUUUGUGACCUGUUGAAAUUUGAAGAGAUAACAUGUUUUGGAAAAUUAUKAAUACAUAUUUUCAAUAAAAUGUGUCACGCACAGAA